ACAGGCAACAGUCACAGGUCAGAUGAUCAGGUCUGAGCUACAUUGUAAAUACACAGCAGAGAUCCGCCGGGGCCAUGCAUUCAUGGGCUCUUUAAAUCACCUCCAGAGGAGCAGAUUUUUUUUCACUCCCCGCCUUCAGAUACAGUAUUUACAUUUAUCCACCUCGCUUUGGCGUGUUGAACCAUUGAUAGAGUAUGUACCGGUCUCUGUACGCUUUUCGGUCUUCGGAGCCCAACUCGCUGCACUUCGCGGCCGGAGAAAGCUUCCUAAUCCUGGAGAGGAGCAACAAACACUGGUGGCUGGGGUCCCGCUGUAGCUCGGGGGAAACUGGUUACAUCCCGUCCUCAUACAUCGAAAAAGUACAGGCUCCGGAGCAGGACGAGGUGCUGCAGUCUAUAGACAGAGCCAUCGAAGGAAUCCAUAAUGUAGCCUUAAAAAAUGGAGGCAAAUACAAUCUUGAACAGAGAGAUGUUCUACAGAAGUUGAUCCAUCAUAGAAAGGAGACUCUCUCACGGCGGAGUUCCUCGUCUGCCAGUCACAAACCAGGCAUCCCAUCCUCCAGCAGUGAAAUAUCUCUCAGUCAGACUCCUCCUCCACCCAAUGGCCUUAACCGAGACUAUGGACGACAGGGGGGCGUGCCGCUAUCAGGAAGCAUGGACAAUAUGCAGGGAGAACAGGGCGUUUAUCAGGUGCCACCUCAAGCUCGACGUGCCGCACCGAUCACUCCUCCUCCCCCUGAAAAACAGCGAAACAGCCGGCGUGCAGCAGAGCCAGAGCCCCCCUCCCGAGGGACCUCUCUCCCUCCGUCCCCUGCUCCCUCCCUCUCAAUAAGCACCACCUCCAUAGAGUCUGGCUCCUCCCACUCUCUGGUCUCCUCUGAUGUUAGUCUGCCCAGUGUGUCCAGCACCCCCCCUCCUCCAGUGCCGUCCCGUGUGAAGCCCUCUGCAUCAUCUCUAGAUGGGCCCUCCCCUGACCCUUCUCUUCAUUUGGCUCCUGCAAAGAAGAGUCCGGCUCCUCAGCCUCCUCAGCCCUCAGCAACCCCUCCUCCUUCACAGCCUGCGGCAGAGGAGGACCAGCCAGAAAAUGAAUGGCCGGUUGCCCCCCCUUCAGUUGCUGGCAGCCCUCCUGGCAGCCCCACUGCGUCUGAACCGGUUCCCAUGACUAUCGGGGCCGAGUUGAUCGAGCUGGUGCGGAAGAACACAGGCCUGAGCUACGAGCUGUCGAGGGUUGCCGUGGGUGUGGUGGUAGGCCACCUGCAGACAGCCUUACCUCAGGCCUCCCGUGCUCUGGAGCAGGUCCUUCUCUCGCUGGUGGAGAGCAAGGUUUUGAGUACAGCGCUGCCACAGGGUCAGGUUUGUCAUGAUGAACAGAGAUUGGAGGUGAUCUUCAGCGACCUCACCCGGCACCGUGAUGACUCCCAGCAGCGGAGCUGGGCGUUACAUGAAGACCACGCUCUCAUUGCCUGCUAUCUGGAAGAGCUGCUGAAGAUACUGACUGAUGCUGAUCCAGAGGUGUGCAAGAGGAUGUGCAAGGCAAACCACUACGAGAAUGUGCUGUCUCUGGUGUCAUAUUAUCAGAUGGAGCUUCGAGUGUCUUUACGGCUGUUGCUGCUUAAAGUGUUCGGUGCCAUGUGCAGCCUGGACGCUGCCCUCAUCUCCACCUUCCUCAACUCCAUCCUCCCCAUGGAGCUGGCCAGGGACCUUCAGACCGACACACAAGAACACCAGAAAAUUUGCUACACAGCUCUGGUUCUUACAAUGAUCUUCUCGAUGGGUGAACAGGUGCCAUAUCAUCACUACGAACACUUGAAUGCAGACUUUGUUCAGUUUCUGCUGGGCGUGGUGGAGGAUGGGCUUCCCUCUGAUCCAACAGAGCAGCUGCCUGACAUCUUCCUGAACCUCCUGCUGUCCUUCAACCUGCACCACACAGCACCCAGCAACAAUGUGAUCAUGCAGGAGCUGAAGAAGAAAAAUGUCAAGAUCCUGUCAGAGAAAGUGCUGCUGCUCCUGAACAGGGGAGAUGACCCGGUGUGUAUGUUUAAACACACACCGCCUGCACCGCACUCAGUGCUCAAGUUUCUGCAGGAUGUUUUUGCCAGCAGAGAGACAGCUGACAUCUUUUACCGCACUGACAUGAUGGUGAUGAUUGACAUUGCUGUUCGCCAAAUAUCUGACCUUUCACCUGGGGAGAAGCUGAGGAUGGAGUACCUCUCCCUCAUGCACUCCAUAAUGCGCUCAACAGACUACCUGGAGCACCAGCACCGCCUGUCUGACCUGCAGGGGGCGCUGCGCAGGAUUCUCAAUGAGGAAGAAGAUCCAGGAGAAGAGGAAGGGAGCGCUACAGCAAAGCAGAUGGAUAAACUAAUUGUGCAGCAGAUCUUCAAGGAGUACCCGCAGAUUUGUGAAAGCCAGGACUAACCAUAUCAGUAUCAGGCUCACACACUGUAGUCUGCUCCUGUCCGCUGCAGGGAGGUACAAUAAAGCUUGAAGAAGAGGAACUGUUGUUUGAUGGGACGCCCUGUUUACUGUGCCAGUUUUGCCAAUUCUUUCUUGGACUCUUCAUCAAAGACUGCAGCAUGCACAGAUUAUUUUUGUGGAUGGAGAUUUGUUCUUUUCAGAGGAAAAAAAUAUGACAAAUGCCCAAAUCUGUGAGGCUUUGUCAUUAUUGGAGAUUAAAAAUAGCCAAAACAUAGGCCUAACAGUAAAAUCAUGGCAAUAAUCACU